AUGGCUCUCCUCUCCGAGACGGAUCACGGGCCUCAGACUCCGGCUUUGGACUGCUGGGAGGCCCGGAAAAGCGCGCCCUCUAUCGGCGGGGUGAAGAAGCCGCACCGCUACAGGCCUGGGACCGUGGCUCUGAGAGAGAUCCAUUGCUACCAGAAGUUGACUGAGCUGUUCAUCCGGAAGCUACCUUUCCAGAGGUUGGUGAGGGAGAUCGCCCAGGACUUCAAGACCGACCUGAGGUUUCAGAGUGCAGCCAUCGGUGCCCUUCAGGAGGCCAGUGAAGCGUUCCUGGUGGGGUUGUUUGAAGAUACCAAUCUGUGUGCCAUCCACGCCAAGAGAGCCACCAUCAUGCCCAAAGACAUCCAGUUGGCUCACCGGAUACGACGGGGGGGGGGGGGAGAGAGCUUAAGUCGAGGUGGUUUUUAUGGCAUUUUGUAG